AUGCCUCUGAUUGUGAGUCGCCGAGAAAAUGGCGAAAGCUACCCACAUACAGCUAAGUAUGCACCGUCCCCAUUGAUCUCAGACUUGUCCACUGAUUCAUUAGAGUCAAUAUCACUUUAUGAAUGUUCUCGGAAAUGGAAUGGAUUUUUAAUGGGUCGUAGAUUCUUUUCUUUUCUCAAAGAGAUGAUACUAUUGUCGAUAAUGACUAUGUGGAACAAAUAGAAUUACAGAAAAACUUUGGAAACUCAGUACAGGAAUUUUUUGUUUUUGUUGUAAAGUUAUAUUCUACAUCGGGGACCUACAGAGUGGACCUACAAGUAAAAUGUACCAUAUCAUUUGUCAUUGUACCAUUUCAUUUUUGUCCUAUACUCUGGUGCAAUUUCUGUUGUGAAUAAAGU